AUUCUCUCGAGAAAUCGAUGAAAUUAUUGGAAAUACUCCGCUUAUUAAACCAAGGUGCAUUGGCUGUGAGCCGGUAAUUUGCGUUAAUUUUUCUUGCUGCAUUUCUUCAUCCGAAAGAAGAAAGUUAACGCGUGGGGUAAAGAACAUACAAUCCCCCCCCCCCCCUUUGUCCCACAUACUAAAGCGAACCGAACUUGAAAUAUCGGCUAAAACCAGAAAUUAUUUCAUUCCAUAGAAGUUGUUGCUCUGGGAAAUAUGUCGCGAAAGGGACUUGUAAGCUUGAUCGUCUUAGGUUUGUGUGUUAGUGCACUCUACGAAACGACAAAUGUGCCGCUCCCACCGGAGUUAGAGAAAGGUGGGUCAUUCCAAUUCCUCACAGUAUUGUCCCUUGUGGUGACAAUAAUAUAUAUAACCCUCAGCCAAAUCACUAGUUCUAAUUGGAAUGUAAAGUACAUCUAUCCAUUAGCUAGCAACUUGGAAUUCCAAGUGACGGUGGGGUACUGGUCAUUGAAACUUUUAGGGUUCAAGAACUACGAGCGUAGUCUUUGGUUGGAUAUUAAACUUCAUGCCAUACCCUAUUUGUACCUCCUUGUUCUUGAUAGCCAUCUGAGAGGAAGCGUCAGGACCUCGGUAAUGAUAACAGUAGCAUUUAUGCUUGUUUGGUGGACCUAUAUUGAAAGUAUUGUCUACUUGAAUCGGAAUGAUGGUGUGACUUCAUUUCCAUACGGAAUGUUGAAUAAUAGGACGUUCAUUGGGAGGUUUGUUUGGUUUAUUGGAUUCACAUCUCUAAGUUGUUUAAAUUACGUUGUUUUGGGAAUAAGAAAUUGCUUUUAGAGACUGAUUUUAUUUAAGACAAUUCUACAAGUUAGUAGUUAUAUUAUCACUUUGACAUUCUUUGUAUUAUACAUAAAUAAAACAAA